UACCUGUUAAUAAGUAAUCAUUACUUUGCUUUGCGUCACAGAAAAAUAAUUUUCAGUAAUAGAAGUCUGUUACAAUGAUAAUUAAUUGAAGCUCUGACGAAUUUCAGAAAUUUAUGAGACAAGAGAUAUGAGUGACAGAGUUCAUUUUACAAUUGAAAGUGACGACGAAGAUGAAAUCGUUGAAGUGACUCUUUUAAACAAAUAUCCAGAGCUUCAAGGAUUUGGCUUAGAUAUCUCAGGCGGAACAAAUAGACCUUACAGGGGAAGCACAGGAAUAUUUGUUAGUAAUUUAAAAACUCAAGGUCUUGCUGAAAAGUCUGGCAAAAUAGAAGUUGGUGAUCAAAUACUUAAAGUCAAUGGUUAUUGUGUCGCCAAUGUUACCCAUGAUGAAGCUGUUAAAUAUUUCAUUUCAAAUCGAAAUCAAGUUACCCUUCAGUUAAAAAAGAAAGCUGGUCAGAUGUUAAAUGCUGAUAUUCAUACACUCUCCUCAAGCGUUGAAUCUUUAACGUUUAGUGAAAAAAGUUCUAACCAAGAAAAUGAUCAAGCAGGAUCUUCACUGUCAUUAUCUGGUUUUUUAAUUGGCUUAACGUUAGGUGUUUUGUGUGUUAUGUUAAUUAAAAAAUAUUCAAAAUGAUGUCUUCAACAAGUAUUCAUACACAUUCACUUUCAUGAAGUUUUUUUGUAUGCCUUUAGAUAUUGUAAAAUGUGUUGAUAGUUUUUUAUUUUCUACAAAUUUAUAGUUAUGUGGACUUUUUAUCUACCACUAGAAAUAUUUAUAAAAACUUAUAUGAAUAAAUUAAAUAUAAAAAUUGA